AUGUAUACUACUGGACGUUUCAUUAGAAGAGUGAGAUCUGUGAAAUAUGUUGGCAAACACCGCUGGUUCAGUAGUACAGCCUUAGUACUUAAUGCUCCAAAACAAUACAACCAGAAUCAUAGCAAGCCGCGUUACGGCCUCACAACAUUGACAGCUGUUACUAAUGGUUUGAUUGGCUGGUUUUGUUCUCAAUAUUUCAAUUCUUCUGAUAGUUCAUUUCUACAAACUUCAACUACCAAAAUCACCGACAUCAGUUCCCCGGUCUAUGCUACCCCCAAUGAGGUCUCAAAGGCGAUCGAGGAGAUUACCACCAUCACCGGCCCAGAGUACGUCAAAAACUCAGCGGGUGAACUUCUAAACCACUCAGAUAACUCCUCGAAUUUUCACAAACCAAAUGACAAUGAAAGACCAGAUAUGGUGGUUUAUCCGGGGUCUAUCGAGGAAGUAGCAGAGGUUGUCAAGGUGUGCUAUAAGUAUCACGUUCCCAUGGUGCCAUUUUCCGGAGGAACCUCAAUUGAGGGCCAUUUCAUUCCCACAAGAAGAGGCAUUUGCAUUGAUGUUUCAAGAUUGAAUAAUGUUAUUGCUAUACACGAGGAUGAUCUGGACGUGGUGGUCCAACCGGGAGUAGGCUGGCAAGAACUAGGAGAGUACUUGGAACCAUAUGGACUCAUGUUUGGGCCAGACCCUGGUCCUGGAGCUAUGAUUGGCGGCAUGGUAGCCACAAGUUGUUCGGGAACCAAUGCGUCGCGAUAUGGAACGAUGAAAGAAAACGUGAUUGCGUUGAAGGUGGUAUUGGCAGACGGAACUAUAGUCAAGACCAAGAACAGACCAAGGAAGAGUUCUUCCGGAUACAACUUGACUGGUCUUUUUGUCGGAAGCGAGGGAACACUUGGAAUUGUUGUGGAGGCUACUUUGAAAUUGCAUGUGAGACCAGAGAAUGAAGUUGUUGCUAUAGUGAAUUUCAAUGCUGUUGGUGAAGCUGCAAAGACUGUUACUGAUGUCUUUAAAAAGGGCAUUCAAGUGAACGCGGUUGAACUGAUGGACGAUCGCCAAAUGAAAUGUUUUGCAGAAAUGGGAGGUGAUGGAACACGAAAGUGGAGUGAUAAGAAUCUUUUACUAUUCAAAAUCUCAGGAACCAAAAACGGACUGAAAGAUAACUUGGAUGAGAUCAAGCGGAUCUGCGAAGCAAACAACGGUUUCAACAUCGAGGUUGCCACUGACGAGGAGGAAAAAGAAGCUAUUUGGAGAGCACGAAAGACUCAACUUUGGACAAGUCUUGACUGGGCUAAAAAAGUCAUUCCUGAUGCUAGAUCAUGGCCCACAGAUGUCGCUGUGCCAGUGUCUGCCCUACCGCAGAUGAUAUCCGAAACAGUUAAAGACAUAGAAAGUCACGGGCUUUUGACGACUGUUGUUGGUCAUGUUGGUGACGGAAAUAUUCAUGCUCUUGUAAUUUUUCCCAAGGACAAACUCAGCGACGCAGAAACAGUUGUUCAUAACAUGGUGAAACGGGCUAUCAGUUACGAGGGCACAGUUAGUGGAGAGCAUGGUGUGGGAAUUGGUAAGCGGGAAUUUCUUGAGGCUGAGCUUGGCGAAGAGGCUGUGAGUACGAUGCGUCGGAUAAAAAUGGCAUUGGACCCAUUGAGGCUGUUCAACCCCGACAAAAUCUUCACAAUUGAUCCUAAUGAAGAUAGAGUAGACAAUUUCUAA